GAAUUUUGAGUUAAAAAAAAAAAACAAAUAAUAAUAAUAAAAAACUUUCACAUGCAUAUUCUUCUACUUUUCUAAAAAUCGCUAGCUUGUUAAUCCAAACAAUGAAGUUGGAUAGUGAUCCAAAAAAUGAAGUCAAAGUAGAUAUAUCUGGUCCUGACCAAGAUUCAGGUCUCAGAUCAUCAAGUGAAAAAGUAGCAGCAGCAGCGAAGACUGCUAAUUCUCCUUCUGAAUUAAUGCUAGAAACUCCAACAGCAGCCUCUCCUUCUGCUACACUUAGAACACCGUUAUUGGCAUCACCAGCGGACGCAAACGAUGAGAAUGGUCGUGAUCCUAAACAAAAAAGACCAGCUAAGAAAAUAACGCUAUUUACUAUCAUGGUCAUUGUCUGUUGCUGUUUGGUUAUGGUGAUUUUCAUUAUAAGCGCAACGAUGAAUAAACUAGACUAUAAAGUUGAGAAUGUAGAAAUAUGGAAGUGGUGUUGUUUGGGAUUGCCAGUUUUCUUAGGUCUUGUAUUUCCGAAUUGGUUGAUGAAUAUCAUAUUGGAAAAGCUUCCCUUACAUGGAAAGAUCAACGAUGACAAAAUCAGGGUUCCAUUUCUUAAGUUGGUUCGCAGCGUGGUAAAUAGUUAUAAGGUUUUGAUCUGGUUAUCUUUAACUGCAAUUAUAUGGUGGUACUUGAUCGGUCCUAGUGAAACAGAACCAAAUGACGCAACCAAGACUCUAAGACUUAUCUUAAAGGCGAUUAUCAGUGCAAUCUAUGUUGCUUUUGCAUGGGUGCUCAGAUCUGUAGCUCUAAAGUUUUUAUAUGAUUUCUUAUAUAUUAAAAGGUUCUUGAAAAGGAUUCAAGAAAAUCGCUUCCAUCAAUACAUACUUGAAACCCUUUCAGGGAGGGAGCUUUCAUCAGAAGUAGUAGUUCAUAGUUCUAGUUUUGUAAGCAGCAGCGUAUCAAACGUUGUGCAAACGCCCCAGCAGAUCAAAUGUAGGAUGAUUGAAACCGCAUGGCAGAUUGGCUUUUAUACACUUCCGAGUACACUUGAUCAAAGUAAAGAUUUGAUGAAUCUGGAUGAGCAGAACAACAGAAUUAUCACCACUGAACGGAAAGCUAAAGCUGCCGGCGAUCUUAUAUUUAGAAAUGUAGCUAAACCUGGGAACAGGUACGUCGAAGAGGAAGAUCUUUUGCGUUUUAUGAAAAAAGAGGAGCUGGAUGUGGUGCUUCCAUUGAUAGGAGGAAAAGAUGAAAGUGGAAGGAUUGAUGAGAAGCCCUUUCUUAACUGGGUGGUAAGCAUGUAUACGAAGAUUGAAUUUCAGGAGCAUUCUCUAGAUGACAUGCUCGAAGCCAUGGAGACAUUAAUCAUCUUUGUCAAUGUGCUUUUGGUAGCAGUCCUCAUAAUCCUUUGGGUAAUACUCAUGGAUAUUACUACAACAGAAGUGUUGCUUUUCAUGUCAUCACAGUUCUUGCUUGCUAUUUUCACAUUUGGGAACUCUGCUAAGUCAACGUUUGAAGCGAUGAUAUUCGUGUUUCUGAAACACCCAUUUGACAUCGGUGAUCGUUGUGUCAUUGAUGGUGUCCAGGUUGUCGUAGAAAAAGUGAGUAUUUUGACUACAGCCGUCUUCCGGAUAUAUGACAACGAGAAGAUUUAUUAUCCGAACUCAAUAUUAGCCACAAAAUGCAUCAGCAAUUUAGAUCGAAGUUCAGAAAUGAAGGAUAUUGUGAAGUUUGAUUUGGAUGUUCCCGCUUCAGAUGAGAAAGUUUCAGCUAUAAAAGCCAAAAUUAAAAUGUACAUAAAUAGUAACGCUCACUUAUGGCAACCAAAUCACAGUGUUCGGGUUACGGAGAGUGAAGGGGUUACGGAGAGUGAAGAUGUGAAGGUGAAAAUGAGACUGUAUGUAACUCAUACAACAAACUUUCUCGAUUAUGAAGAGAUAAGCGAUAAAAGAUCAAACCUGGUGCAAGAGCUGACAAACAUCUUCCAUCAUCUUGGAAUAAAGUAUCAUAUUUAUCCCCCAACAACUUCUGAUUAGCUACAGCUGUUUCGUCUGCAUCACCAUCGGCUACUACUGCGUCACAUCGUUGUACUGAAUGUUGAUCAAGUCUGAUCAUGUUUGUUAAGUAUUGCUUGCUUAAUGAUUUCAAUGGUAAUCACUAGUAGUGUUUAUCCCGGACAUGUAGAAUUUCUUUGAAGUAAAAAUUUAGAUGGUGAUGAAGUCAAAUAUACUAAAGCAUGUUACUACUUUGAAUAAAUAUGAAUUGAUGAUCUUGUGCA